AUGCACAAAGCAAUGCAGUGCGCGAAGUAUUGCUGGAAUGGUUUCAAGAAACAGGUUGAGCGAAGAACGGGCGAGAUGCAAGAGGAGUUGAUUGCCGGCCUGGGCCGGAAGGCAGACUUGUCGGAUCUACGCGACACUCAGGCCUCCCAGGCCGAAGAGACGCAAUGCCUCGCCGAAACGCAGCGGCAUGCAAACGAGGAGGUCCAGGCCCUUCGUGCUGCUAUAGUGGAUCUCCGUGCAGCCAUCGAGAAGCAGCGUGCGGACGUACAGCAGUGGCGAGCUGGAUUUGAGGCGGGCCUCGCUCAUGAGGUGCAGGCCAUCCAACAGGAGAUGAAGGAGCUGGCCGCAUCCGCGGAGGAGAAGGCCAAUCCCACGCAACUCAAGGAGAUCGUUCGGGAGGCCUGGACAAAGGAGGAGGGCCACCUCGCUCGGUUGCACAAGCUUUGCGAGUCCAAGGUUUCAGUGGCAGACUUUGCCUCUUUGGCGGCCGUUGCGGAGGGGAAGGCAUCAUUGGCUGACGUCGAUGCAGCUGUUCAGAGACAGGUCAACAGGCGACUCCAAUCCUUGGUUACAGACCAACAGCUCGUCAGCCGAGCCGAUGUGGCUGCCAUCCAAGAGGCGGCUAUGUCAGAUGUGAAGGACCGUUUGCGUGAGUGUGAACGAAAAAUGGAGGAGCUGUCUCGCCGGCAUCAGCGAAAUGCCACAACUGCAGAUGAGCUCCGGUCGGAGCUCAAGGCCCUUAGUGCGACCAAGCUCGCACGCCCCGAAGCUGAAGCGCUGGUGGCCGGAGCGCUCGCUGACUGGGUGCGCGCGGCACAGGCAGGGGCUGAUGCCGUUCAGAAUGCCGUGGCCAAAGGCCGGGCUCUCUGCGAGGUGUCUGGGCGAAGCUUCGAGGGGUUGGAUGUCAGUUUCGGGACAUCUUUGAACGACAGCUGGAUCCAGACCGCAGAGGAUGUCCGCAGAGCCUGUUUAUGGGAAGGCAGCCCAACUCCGAGAACCCCUCGUCCGGGACGAAGCCGAAGAAGGGCCGACAUCUAA